AUGCCUUCCCACACUUUCUCCAUCUCGGCCGCUCUGUGCCUCGCUCUGGCCAUUGGCCCUGCUUCCGUCUUCGCUGCUCCUCAGCUUAACGGGCUUCCUCUUCUUGGUGGUGCGCCCACUGGCGCUGCUCCUACCAAUGGCAAUAGUGAGCAGGAUGCUGGCGCUGGCUUCGAUGUCGGUAUCCCUGGUGGCCCUGGAGUCCACUAUGGCGCUGGCGUCCACAACGAGCACCAUGGUCCCUGCGGCCCUGGCCCUAGCGGCGAGCACGAUGCAGGUGCCGGCUACGAUGUUGGCAUUCCCGGUGGUCCUGGGGUCCGAUAUGGCGCUGGGAUUCACGAUGAGCACCAGGCUGUUCCCUGCCCCGAGCCCAUCGCCGAGCCUACUACUACCACCUACGUUCCGGUGAUCCUCCCGCCUACCUAUACCACCCCCAUCGUCAUUCCCACCACCACUGUGGCUCCCGUCUACAUGCCUCCCACUGCGGCCCCGGCUCCCACUGUCGCUCCCACCGUCGCUCCCAUUGCCGCUCCUGUUUCCGCUCCCGCCUAUUCGAAGCCUCUGAUCCCUCACCCCAUGCCUACGCCCACUGCUUCCGUUGUGCCUUCCGCCAAGCCUGAGCCCUCCACCAUGCCAGUCUUCAAUGCCGGCUCAGCCCUGGCCCCGAGCUCUCUCGUGGCCUUUGCUCUUCCUAUCAUGCUCGGCAUUUUUUACUAA